AUGGCGCCCGGAAUCCCAAAACCGCGACACCAGCGACUGGUGCUGCAGUGCUACCCCGACGGCCAGGCCGCGGACAAAAAACCCAACCCCUCAGAGCUGUCGUAUCUGCUCUUCUACGUGAACCACAGACGAGUCAAGCUGGAAAAGGUCGGACCGUUCCUCGAGAACAAAUGCUACAAGGACGUGAGCCGAGGCCGCCAGGGCAACGUCAUGGUGGCACUCGACAUCUUUGCAAAGCUCAUCGAAGAGUGCCACGAAGACCUCAACCUGUUUGCUCAGAACGUGGUCAACACCCUGCUGGACGUGGUCAACUCCGGAGACCUGCUGCUGUGCCAGCACUCCAACAAGGUCUUUGCGCUCUUCUGCCAGUACCACGACGGAGGCCUGUUUCUGGGCGACCCCGAGUUUGUGCGGUCCUUCAAGCAGCUGCUCGAGGUCUACGUGAACAUGGCCAAGGUGCCCAACGGCCCCAACAGCGUGCAGUGGAAGAUUGUGGGCCUCGAAGCUGCCAAGAGCAUUGCUGGCUCUGCUGCCAUUGCCACCCAGACCGGAUCCACCUCCAUUUCCCCCAUUGUCCACCUUCUGCUGUCCUCUCUGCAAGAGUCCCAGUCUGAUCUGGAACAGCUGGACCACUCCCUGGAUCUCGGAGGAGGCCUCCCAGACAACAUUGGAGGCUCCAAGCGAAACUCUAUGCACCAGGACGCCAUCGACAACUUCAUUCACGAGGAGUCGCCCGAAAAACAGGUCAGAUACCUGUCGUUCCACGCCCUGCGCACAUUCUUCGACACAACCUCCGUGGUGCAGAUCCAGAGUGCCACACGAGCCAUUGUCACAUACAUCAUCAACUCCAACGUGCCCGAGCACUGGGCAACGUCGCUGGUGGUCAUUGUGGCCAAGUGGGCUCCUGUCCAGUACCGGUUUGUGAUCCUCGUCUCGCUGGUUGAGAUGCUCGUGGCCAUGUCGCCUAACAAUGUCAAGUCCGAACUCGUGGUUGCCGCCUUGAUCCACGCCUUGCUCUCCUCUACAGUCAACAUGGUCGGCCUGUCCGUUAUGGACAUUCUGGGAUCGCUACUCAACAAGCAGGCUGCCAUCAUCAAGCACGCCCAGUCCAACAAUGAGGCCAGCGGCGCCUUCGAGGAGCUCAUUGACAAGCUUUCGGCCUGCAUGAUCUCCCUGGGAACCCACAUUUACUACGCCGACCAGAUUUCCGAUAUGGUUGGAGAGGUUCUGUGGCGAUGUACUGACCCUGCUACUGCUGGACAAACCGGCCAUGCCGUGUCUGCGGACGACGGAACUGGCCUGCAGAUCAAACGACCCACCCGUCGAGUUUUUACCACUCUGUCCGCCAACAACGCGGAGCUGCAGCACUCCUCCGACGAGUCUGUGGGUGCCGCCACAGGCGGAACUGCCAACGGAAGCGCCGGUGUUGGCUCUUUCAGCCACGACAACUCCCCCGACGUGCUCAUUCGACGUCUGGCUAUCGUCGAGGGUUUCUUCCGACUCCAGAACGAGGAGCAGGACAUGACUGCCCACAACUCGGUACCUCUUUCGGCUUGGGACGGCACUCAGUAUCUGCUCAACCACGACUCGGCCAUCGUCAAGGAGGCCUACGUCUUCUGCUUCGUUGCUUUCCUCGAGUACGAGUUUGGCAACCCUGACAGAUUCCAGAUUGGAUUUGGCCGACGUGGAUACAACCAGAACGUGGCCUACGGCUUUGUAUCCCAUCUUUCCAUGCAGCUCAACAAGCUCAUCACCAACACUCGAGCAACUAACGGAGAUUUCCUGCUUGGAAACUCGCUGCUUCAGAAUAUUGUCAUUCGUCUGCAGCAAGAUGGUGUGGUCGCUACCUUCCCUCAUAUGCUCAAGGCCCAUGAGCUUGGCCGUGCUCUUGUCACCGGUCAGUCCUCGGAGUCCAACACUCUGGCCCAGGGAAUCAUCAUCGAGGACAUCUUUACUCUCUACCUCAAACAGGUUGGAGAUGUUUCUGAUGCUGCUGAUCUGACUGUGCAGGCUGGUGACGAGGUGGCUCUUCGAAAGAAGCUGGGUCUGUGGCCCAACUACCUUGACUGGCCCGUCUCCUCGUCGUCUCGCAUUCAGGAUGCCGACGCUCAGAUUGAUACCUCCAUGGUCGCCAAGAUGAAGACUCUUUCUCGUUCUGAGGUGGAGGGUCUGUUUGCCGAGUAUGUCACCAGCAUGCCCCAGGAGACUCGGGCUGAGCUUUUCUCUGACUACGAUGACGUCAUGACUAUUCACUCUCGACAACAGGUUCCCGAUGAGAACCUGAUUGUCGGCAAGGCUCGAUCUCUCAAGCAGCUCAACGCUGGCUCUAUUCUCGAGCGACAGACCAUGCGAGAUGGAUGGCUGGGAGACGAUGUCAAGAACAACAAGUUCGCCGAGGAGCGAAAGGGUUUCACUCCAACUGUUUCCGAUCUCAAGGGCGCCAUGGGCGGCAACGCUUACGUGAGCAAGGAGCCCAUUGCACAGAAGUUUGAUCCUCAGACGUUCCUCAACACGUGGACCGUGACGGAUAAUUUGGGUGGAUUAACCGUUUAG